AUGGAGAUCACACAUAGCUCUUCUCUCAAGCCUUUUAACUUCACUCUUCUUCUUCUUUGGCUAUCACAUGUUCAGGCUGCUCAAUCUUUCACAAAUUUCAUAUUUGGAGACUCAUUGGUAGAUGUUGGAAACAACAACUAUAUAUUUACAUUGUCGAAAGCUGAUUCUUCUCCUUAUGGCAUCGACUUUGGACCUUCCAAUGGCCAACCCACCGGAAGAUUCACUAAUGGUCGAACCAUUUCUGAUAUCGUAGGUGAAGCCUUAGGAGCAAAAUCAGCACCACCUCCAUAUCUUGAACCAAACACUGAGGCUAACACAGUUUACAAUGGAAUCAACUAUGCUUCUGGUGCGGCUGGAAUCUUGGAUGAUACUGGACUUUUUUUCAUCGGAAGAGUUCCGUUGAGGGAACAAGUGAGUAAUUUUGAGAAGAGUAGAGAAGAUAUGGUAAGAAUGAUUGGUGAAAAUGGGACAAAAGAGAUGUUGAAGGAGGCAAUGUUCUCAAUCACAAUUGGGUCCAAUGAUAUAUUGAAUUAUAUCCAACCAUCAAUACCUUUCUUCUCCCAAGAAAAGCUCCCCACUAAUGUCUUGCAAGAUUCCAUGGUCUUCCAUUUAACCACACACCUUAAGCGUUUGCAUGAACUAGGAGCUAGAAAGUUCCUGGUGGUCGGAGUGGGGCCACUCGGUUGCAUACCGUUCGCUCGUGCAUUGAAUCUAAUACCGGCCGGAAAAUGCUCCGAACAAGUCAACCAAAUCGUCCGAGGCUAUAACAUGAAGCUUAGACACUCUCUUGUGACAUUGAACAGUGAGUUAAGAUCCGAAGAUCACAACACUACAUUUGUCUACGCCAACUCUUACGACCUUUUCUUGAAACUGGUUUUGAACUAUCGUCAGUUUGGGUUGGAGAACGCAGACAAGCCGUGCUGCGGCGGCUACUUUCCACCGUUUACUUGCUUCAAAGGACCAAACCAGAACUCGAGCCAAGCGGCUUGUGAGGACCGGUCCAAGUUUGUCUUCUGGGACGCAUAUCACCCAACCGAAGCUGCCAAUCUCAUUGUUGCCAAAGCACUUCUUGAUGGUGACCAAACUGUGGCUACACCUUUCAACAUUCGUUACCUUAACGAUCUUUGA